AUUUAGCCCGCUGAAUUCGAUUGACUGUCAGCUUUCUAACAACACACCGGACCGUAGUUUCUUUAGUGUUACGAAUUUGGUCCGUGCAAGUUAUCAGUUUGACAACGUGAAUGCUGUAAGUUUUACAGGAAUGGAGAUGGGAAACCAAAAACAAGACGUCCAUGUGGAGGUCCUUGUUAAAUCUCAAAGCACUGCUAAACUGUCUGAGGUGAGGACGCAUGUUCUGUCUCUGCUGAAUCGUCACAGCAUGGUAUUUGGAAACUACAGAUGGACAGAGUUUGAUGAAGACUUCCUACGCAAACACGUGGAGUCUGUGGCUAUAGUUGAUAUAGAGGAAAUGGUAACACAGCCCCUUGAUUUGAAGAGUUGCUCUGUCUCUGUUCACAUCUUCACUCUGAAUGAGGAUGGACCGAGCACGCUCAGUUUGGAGGAGGAUGAGGAGCUUUCAGCAGCCAAUCACUGGCUGCUGCCAGCAGCUGAAUUCCAUGGCAUUUGGGAGAGUCUGGUAUAUGAGAGUGGAGUCAAAACCCAGCUCCUGGAUUAUGUCACAACAACAAUUUACUUCUCCGACAAAAAUGUCGACAGCAACCUGAUUUCGUGGAACCGCGUUGUGCUGCUUCAUGGACCCCCGGGCACAGGCAAAACGUCACUGUGCAAAGCUCUUGCCCAGAAGCUGUCAAUCAGACUGUCUAGUCGGUAUUCUUAUGGGCAAUUUGUUGAGAUAAACAGCCACAGCUUGUUCUCAAAGUGGUUCUCAGAGAGCGGUAAACUGGUCACGAAGAUGUUUCAAAAGAUCCAACAACUGAUUGAUGACAAAGACGCUCUUGUGUUUGUUCUGAUUGAUGAGGUGGAGAGUCUGACAGCAGCGAGGAACGCCUGCCAAGCGGGAACAGAACCCUCUGACGCCAUCCGUGUGGUCAACUCUGUCCUGACUCAAUUGGACCAGAUCAAACGACAUUCCAACGUCGUGAUCCUGACGACUUCCAAUGUGACAGAAAAGAUUGACCUGGCUUUUGUGGACAGAGCUGACAUCAAGCAGUACAUCGGACCUCCAUCUGAGAAGGGCAUCUACAACAUCUACCUCUCCUGCCUGGAGGAGCUGAUGAAGUGCCAGAUCAUCUACCCCCGGCAGCAGCUGUUUACCAUGUUUGAGCUUGAGACGAUGGGCUUUGCAAAGAGUGAGGUGUCUGAACACAGUCUGAACCUGAGGAACAUUGCUCUAAAAAGCAAAGGUUUGAGUGGAAGAGCACUCAGGAAGUUACCGUUUCUAGCUCAUUCAUUGUUUGUAAAGACACCAACCGUGACUCUGGAAAGGUUUCUGGAGGCUAUGGACCGAGCGGUGGAUAGACAGAAGGAGGAAAAAGCAAACCUAGUCAAUGGUGUCUGAACUUAUGACAAUGCUCAAAGGCUGGCACAUGAAUGUUCAUGAGCUGUCAAUUCCACGCCAGGUUUGUUUGUAGUUUGGAAAACUACAACAUUAACAGCUUUUUAUGAAGCCUCGUCAGUGAAUUUGUGCCAUAAAGUUAAAUAAUGGCUCAGUCUGUGAAAGUAACAUUGUUUUAACAAAUGCUAAAGCAUUCCUUCAGGUGACUUUGUUGGUGCUACCUUAAAAUACCAAAUCCAUGUCAGUUUCGUUAGAGGCAGUUUGACUUAAGAUGAAGCACCCAAUGCUUGAAUUUUCUAUGCUCUAUUAAUCUAUUGUUAACUGUUUACUCUCCUCUCACUUUCAAAAUGUUUGAUGUUUUUAAUGUAACAUGCAGCUUUAACUUCCACAGCUUAUUACGGUUCCCAUGUUAAAGUGAUAGUUCAUAUUUUUUUACAUAAAGUAAUUGUAUUGCUUACUUUCUUAUAGUGAUAUCAGUGUACAGACCCAAAUGAAACAGCAGCCUGUCAGACAGAAAUGAACAGCAGUUCCAUGAUGGUUCAGGAGCUUUCAUGGACCGUGAAGCAUCAGAUGUUGUGGAAGUUUAAAACAUGUUGACUGCUCUGUCGUCGUUUCUGUCUGACAAGCUGCUAGCUCACUGCAUUCAUCUGUAGCCUGAGCUAAUAUUUACACAUGAUACCGCUGUAUGUCCAAAAAUUUGUACUAUACCUUUAACAUGCCUUUUUUUCUACAUAGGUUAUGUUUUAAAAGGGACAUUUCUCAUACUCCACUUACUCAAUGAAAAUGUUCAUUUAUUAUUGUCAGUUAUAUUUAUGCUAACAACAAACCAUCUUUAAACUCUGUCUCUGGUUUCAUAUGUUCAUUUUGACUUUAUUUUGUAUAUAACAUUGUACUGUAAUAAACAAUAUUGUUUAUGA